AUGCCCUGCGACAAGGAGAAGCGUUUCCCGAAGGGCAUCAGCCAGGGCAUCCUCUACCUGACCGAUCGGACGCUGGUGUUCAAGCAAAAGGGAAAAGCCGAGCAUCCGGCGCCCCUGCUCGUCGUCGAGGACAUCAAGUCGGUCAGAAAGAUCUCGAUCCUCCGAACCCUGUUGCUGCUGGCCGGCACCAGGAAAUCGAUCGAGAUUGUCGUCUCGGGCCGCAGCAAGCCCGUACAAUUUAUCGGUGGCGGCCGACGGGCCCAGGUCGGCCUCCCCGAGGUGGACGGCUUUUCGCUUCUUGCUCUUGCCGAAGGAGAACCUGCAAAUCAAGCU